AUGCCACAGUACUCAGACCUGGAGACCGCCAUCCACACGCUGGUGUCCAAGUUCCACUCGGCCUCCGCUGACAAGAGCCCCACCCUGAAGACGGAGGAGUUCAAGGGCCUCCUGUCCACACAGAUGCCCAACCUGGUCAAGGGCAUCGGCUCGGAGCAGGGCCUCUCUGAGAUCCUGAGGAAGAUGGGUGUGGGCUCCGGAGAGGGCAUCUCCUUCAGCCACUUCUGGAACCUCAUCCAGCAGCUGGCUUCAUCUCAGCACAGCAUCCUGAGUCAGGGAGCCGGCUCAAACUGCAGCUGUGCCCUGUUCUGA